GUGGGAGAGCCAAUCAACGAAUCGCGCAGCGCUCUCUUUAAGCCUGACAUAUCUCCAACAGGAACAAAUUGUCCCAACAAUCAACAUCCGAAUCUCCCGUGCGCAUCAGGGGUGGAGUGGAUAUUGUCCGGACGCCGGAUUGCACUGGGUUCUGGAACACAAUAACAAACCAGUGAAGAAUAUAUAGACAGAAAAGCAGCAUCCCUCUGGAUAUCGGCGUUGGGCUGGGGAUUGAGACCCGACAUCAUGUCAAUACUACCUUCGUUUGGGUUUACCCAGGAGCAAGUCGCCUGCGUCUGCGAGGUCCUGCAACAAGGAGGUAACUUGGAGAGGCUCGGUCGUUUUCUCUGGUCUCUCCCAGCUUGUGACCACCUCCACAAGAAUGAAAGUGUACUGAAAGCAAAGGCGGUGGUCGCCUUCCACCGAGGGAACUUCAGAGAGCUCUAUAAGAUCCUGGAGAGCCACCAGUUUUCCCCGCACAACCAUCCCAAGCUGCAGCAGCUGUGGCUGAAAGCGCACUACGUGGAGGCGGAGAAAUUGCGCGGCCGACCGCUUGGAGCCGUGGGGAAGUAUAGGGUAAGAAGGAAAUUCCCUUUGCCCCGCACAAUCUGGGACGGCGAGGAGACCAGCUAUUGCUUUAAGGAGAAGUCCAGGGGUGUUCUUAGAGAGUGGUACACGCAUAACCCCUAUCCCUCCCCGCGAGAGAAAAGGGAGCUGGCCGAGGCCACGGGACUGACCACUACGCAGGUCAGCAACUGGUUCAAAAACAGACGCCAGAGAGACAGAGCCGCAGAAGCUAAAGAAAGAGAAAACAGCGAAAACAACAACUCCGGUAACAACAAACAGAACCAGCUGUCUCCCCUCGAUGGCGGCAAGUCGCUCAUGUCCAGCUCGGAAGAUGAGUUCUCUCCACCACAAAGCCCUGAUCAGAACUCUGUGCUUUUGCUCCAGGGAAAUAUGAGUCACCCCGGCGUCUCCUCUUACCCUAUGACGGGUCUCGGUGGCGCACAGCCGGUGCAUGGAAUGCACGGACACCCGCACCAACUCCAAGACUCGUUGCUGGGACCUCUAACAUCGAGCCUUGUGGAUCUAGGCUCCUAAAGGCAAAUUGAUACUAUCUUUUAAAAGACUGAUAACUCUACCAGCUUGAGUACAUAUAUGAAAUUACACUAUGGUACCUUAUAACUAGACUGACCUCUGUCUGUCGUUAAAUUUGGUUAGAACUAUAACGCAAUUAUUUUAUGCGCUUAUCCUGAUUUAGGAGGUACCCUCCUUCCCGUGAAAAUACAAUCAAACCCCCUUUUACGAACUCUUAAGUCAACGAGACACUUAAACUGGACUGCCCUUUUGCUUAAUUUAUGAUAUUUUUUGUUCAGAUAAAAUUUAUAGCAACCUCCUGCUAUGGAAACUAAGAAGCGACGUUUUCAUUAAAAUCCUAUUAGUUUCCAAUAAAACAAAAAGAGACGUCAAUUUGUUUAAUGUGUAUUAUUUGUAUGUCCAGUCAAUAAAAUAAAUAGCAUUAUAUCAUAGCCUACAUUCAUCCCUCAAAGAUAUGUAGGGCAUGCAGAACAAAUAUGGGCUAUAAUAAACCAAAACAUUUUGGUCACGCUUUCUUCCUUGGUAUAGCAUUGAGCCAUCUACAGUUUACGCACGUUCAUGAUAGCAAACAAUACAAAAUAUCUGUUCAACUUUUGGGCAGUAAGUAUUCGAAAAGCACAUUUAGUUUCUUAGGCCUCUAUGUCACCAUUUGGAUGGAUAGAAACCACGGUCAAAGUUAUCUGUUUAACUCUCCAGACAAAAUGGAAAUAUUUAAUCUUUCCUUGAAAUUGUUGCUUUAAUUUUCACCCAACGUGGAAUUUCAGAUAUGUUAAUGGAGUUAAAACUCAAAACAUGAUCGAUUCAGAAUAACAACUAAACAUCCGGAUUGGGAACUGUAAAAUGUGGGGCCCGAAGUGUUAUAAUUCGUUUUAAAAAAGGACCACGAGGUAUGCACAACAGAGUAGUUUUGUCGAUGAUAUUUAAAGCCAUGUUUUGCCCAAGGCGAAGAAGCCUGGUUCUCGCCCGUGCUCCAUGGGCGCUGCGGAUCAUUACGUCUGUGUUGCGGUGUUUACUUUGCUCUCUCCAAGUGUUUGUUCUGUCGGUUCUGGGCCACGGAAAAGCAACACCAUCUGCGGAAGGCGUGAUUUUACAUUAAUCUGUAGCCUACUACGAAGAACAAAUAAACCUAGAAAUUGAUUUAUGUUUUUUAAA